UCUCGUUCCAUUUCCGAAAUGUUCAGAAACAGUGAAAACCGCUGGUGGUGAUCGAUCCAAAAUGACGACCAAACUUCUUGCGAAUCGGUUUCGGCACCUAUUCUUCACAUCAACAGGGACAACCAGAGCCACCUCCUUUACUAUUACAUCUUCUUCUUCCCCAUUUCGAUGCAUAUUUUUUUCUAAAUUUUCAUCAUCGUCACCGUCUUCUUCUGGCAUCGAUUGCUCUACUGCUGCGCCUCCGGAUAUUGCCGAUGUUCCUGAAGAAGUUGUUGAGGAAUUAUUCGACACUGUCUCUCCUGCCGCUGCGAAUUCUUCGGCUGUCGAGCUUGUGUUUCCUUCUCUUCUCCAGCCUCGCGUUGUUGUCUAUGACGGUGUCUGCCAUCUCUGCCACCGCGGUGUGAAGUGGGUUAUAAAGGCGGACAAAUAUAAGAAGAUCAAAUUUUGCUGCUUUCAGUCCAAAGCUGCUGAACCAUACUUGAGACUGAGUGGUCUAGACAGAGAGGAUGUUUACCGUCGCUUUGUGUUCAUUGAGGGCCAUGGUUCAUACUACCAAGCUUCUACCGCUGCUCUGAAGGUAUUGUCCUAUUUGCCUCUCCCCUACUCAGCUUUGAGCGCAUUCUUGAUAAUCCCAACUCCUCUUAGAGAUGCUAUCUAUGACAUUGUUGCCAAACAUCGCUACGACUUGUUUGGAAAAGCCGAAGACUGCUUGGUUUUGCAAGAGGAAGAGCUUCUCGAGCGUUUCAUUGAUAGGGAGGAACUGCUCGAUCAACGUCAUCGGUAAGGAAGUAUGUGCAUUACAUUUUUAUGGACAUGGAAAUUGUAAAUUUUAGUCAUUACCCUCCUUUUGGACUAAAGAACCUGAUAUGAAUGUACUUCAGAACUAACCGUUUAGGUAAAAAAAA